AUGACCUUUAAUUCGGACGAAAUUGCAUUCGUCAUUCAGGAAUCUGUCUACAAGCACUUGAGGGAUGAACUGGUACAUCACGGAGCCGGAGUGGCAGCGAUGCUUGUCUACCAGUUCGACAGUGUUUGCAAAGACGUGAUACAGGGCUCCAUCUGGUCUGCUCAAAAGCUCUUAACAACAGAGCCAUCCUCCUCGUUUAUCGCAAGCAAGGCAUCUGCAGGGGGCAAAAGCCUGCUCGUCGAUGUCCUCUACAAUGACGCCCCUUUUCGAUUAGUUUUGAGGGCUUAA